ACAAGAACAGAAACAAAAUGGAAAACGGGACUACAGCCGCCGCCGCGAAGCCUAGAGUAGCGGUGGUGGUGUUUUUGCUGAGAGGCAAAACGGUGCUGUUGGGACGCCGCCGCUCCUCCGUCGGCGACUCUACCUUCGCCCUUCCCGGCGGCCAUCUCGAAUUCGGAGAGAGCUUUGAGGAGUGCGCGGCGAGAGAACUGAAGGAAGAAACUGGGCUGGACAUUGAGAAGGAGAAGAUGGAGUUGCUGACGGUCACGAACAAUUUGUUCUUAGAGCCGCCGAAGCCGUCGCAUUACGUGACGGUUUUCAUGCGCGGAGUGGCGGCGGACCCAGAUCAGGAGCCCCAAAACCUGGAGCCAAACAAGUGCCAUGGUUGGGAAUGGUACGAGUGGGACAACCUCCCAAAUCCCCUCUUUUGGCCUCUGGAGAAAAUGGUCAGGACCGGAUUUAGUCCUUUUCCUAAAACAGUGGAAUAAAUGGAGAUUCAGCAACCAUAUGUAUUGCUAUGUAAUUUUACAUGCAUGAUCACGCAUGUGUAUUAUUGUACCUUUUUGAAUGCUUAUGAAUCAGUUAAAAUUGAGGGGUUUAUUUUGUUUCAA